UGUGUUGGCACAGAUAUACCACAGAACCUAAGGCAGGACCUAAGCAUUCAAUUCUUAUAGUGUACUGAAUAUAAAUCAAACCAGAGAAACAUAAAUAUUGCAAUCAAUGGAUCGUUGGGUAGGAAGAGUGGCUUUGGUUACGGGAUCUUCUGUGGGAAUCGGAAGGGCUAUCAGUGCCAGUCUUGUUGAGCACGGACUCAAAGUUGUUGGAUGUGCUCGUAAUAUAAAUCAGCUCAAUGAAUUGGAGGCAGAGUUGAGUGCAAAGAAACUAAAGGGAAGUUUCAAAGGAAUCAAAUGUGAUCUGAGGAGGGAAUCGGACAUCAAAUCAAUGUUCGAAGAAAUCAAAUCCACGUUCGGAAGGAUCGACAUCUGUAUCAAUAACGCCGGUCUGGCAAAGGACGCGCCGCUCAUCUCUGGUGACACAGAAUUCUGGAGAGAGAUGUUAGACGUGAAUGUGACGGCACUGUCCAUCUGUACCCGCGAGUCCAUACAACUGAUGCAAACUAACAAUAUAAGUGAUGGCCAUAUAAUACACGUGAGCAGUAUGUCUGGGCACCGGAUCGUCCCCUCAUCCGCCACUCACUUCUACGGCGCCACUAAAUUCGCUGUCAGAGCGCUGGCGGAAGGCCUGCGACAAGAGCUCAGAGCUAUUAAUAGCGGUAUAAGAAUAACACUCGUCAGCCCCGGUAUGGUUGAGACAGAGUUUGCCGUAAGACUGACCAACAGUAAAGAGAAAGGUUUUGAUCCCUACGCCGACACACCGUGUAUUAAAGCCGAAGACAUCUCUCAGAUUGUCGUAAAUAUACUUCAAAUGCCGGCACACGUCGAGAUCAAUGAUGUCUUAGUUAGACCCACAUUUCAGACCAGUUAAUGCAAUUCAAAAUGGAUUAAUUGUACAUCAAUUCAAA